AGUGCGAUCGGUUAAAUAGAGUUACUUGCCCUUGCCGUCCAGGACGCUCCGCCAUGUUAAAUUUUUCUGCUGACAAACAGUAAAGUUUAGACAUGAAAUUGAAAAGAUUUUUGCUUAGAUACUAUCCUCCGGGAAUUAUACUGGAGUAUGAACAAGGUGGGAAUAUAAAAACAAAGUCAAUAGAUUUACUAGAUUUGAAACCAGAAACAGAUGUGGAUGCUGUUGUAGACGAGAUAGCAAGAAAGGAGGCAUUAAUUACAGCAUCAAAAACUGAACAAGUCAGAAAACUCAUCGGACGGUUACAAGAGAAACUUGCCAUAAAAGAUGAACACCAUUUUUAUUUGUUUAAAGUGCUAAGAGCACAUAUACUGCCCCUCACAAAUGUGGCCUUCAAUAAAUCUGGAUCAAGUUUUAUCACAGGAAGUUAUGAUCGAACAUGUAAAAUAUGGGACACAGCCUCGGGGGAAGAGUUACAUACUCUAGAGGGACACAGAAAUGUAGUGUAUGCAAUAGCCUUCAAUAAUCCAUAUGGGGAUAAAAUAGCUACUGGUUCAUUUGACAAGACGUGUAAAUUAUGGAGCUUUGAAUCAGGAAAGUGUUAUCAUACGUUCAGAGGCCAUACUGCUGAAAUUGUAUGUUUAAGUUUUAACCCACCAAGUACAAUGAUUGCUACUGGAAGUAUGGACACCACAGCAAAACUCUGGGAUAUACAGACUGGACAGGAAGUGGCGUCUUUAAAUGGUCAUUCUGCUGAGAUUAUCUCCCUUUCUUUCAACUCGUCGGGAUCCCAGUUGAUUACUGGCUCAUUUGAUCAUACAGUUAUGGUGUGGGACGUCAUCAGUGGAAAGAGAAUACAUACUUUAAUUGGACACAGAGCAGAAAUAAGCAGUGCCCAGUUCAAUUAUGACUGUUCCUUGAUAGCUACAGGAUCCAUGGAUAAAACUUGUAAAAUAUGGGAGACAAACCAUGGUACAUGUGUAGGAACUUUACGAGGCCAUGAGGAUGAAGUCCUUGACGUGGCAUUUGAUAUGACGGGACAGUAUUUAUUGACGGCCUCUGCUGAUGGGACAGCACGGUGCUACAAUGCCACAACUCAUACACUCAUCUCAAAGUUCGAAGGUCAUGAAGGUGAAAUUUCAAAAAUAACAUUUAAUCCACAAGGUACUUCAGUUUUAACAGCUAGUUCUGACAAGACGGCACGACUGUGGGAUCCCGAGACUGGCGAGUGUAAACAAAUUCUUGAAGGACAUACUGAUGAAAUAUUCAGCUGUGCAUUCAAUUAUGAAGGAAAUACAGUUAUAACAGGAAGUAAAGAUAAUACAUGCCGAAUAUGGAGAUGAGGGUAGGAAAAGUAAAGUAACUCCGCCCCUAGUCAGCAUUUUAAAUUUCAAAAGUUGAUGUUGAAAAAGUCAUUGAAGAUCAUCUUCCCUGGGUGAGACUCACGGAACACGUUAAUGAAAUUAUCAGCAACAUCUGUCGAACUAAAAAAAUACAAUGAAAUCUUUUUGUCUACUACGUUUGAAAAGAAUUGAUUUUUAUGUUUUUGUAACAUAAAUGAAAUCAACUGUCUAUGAUAAACUAGAGAAUUCUGCUUUUUACAGAAAUCAUGAAAUGAUUUUAUAUGCGUGUAAUACAGCAUAAAUAGUGCCGAUGUUAAACAUGGCUUCCAUUUUUAGUUUUUCACAAAAAUCAGCUUGAAAACAUACACAGAGAAAACACUAUAUCAAAAUUAGGGAGCAUAUCAUAAAUGCUUGUUGUGACUUUGUAUAUUUAUAUAGAAACAAAAGUAAGCCAGUAAAGUUCAGGCUAAAAUGCAUUUUUAAGCUUUUUUAUAUGCAUUUCCACAAUGCUAGCUGUUUAGAACAUUAAGAUGUAACGGCAUUGGGAAUAGGUAGUCCUGUGCUUGUGUCCAAAGAGGGAUAUGAAGUCCUGUAGAAAAAAGUAUUAAAUAUGAAAGCAAUAAUGCAAUUGAGAACAAUAAUUCAUGAAUUGUCAUUUAUGUUUGAUUUGUUUUUUUCACAGAUUGACUGUUGUAUUUGCUUGUAUCUAAUGGUUGUAUUAAUUGAUCAUUAUGUUUUUGCUUAAAUUAUAUUUAUUGUACGAGUGAUUGUAUAUGGUUUGUAGCAAAAGGGUGGUACAAGGGUUGUUGGUGUUAGGUAAAGUAGCUACCAUGGUGGAUUUGUUGUCCUGAAACCUACAUUAUUGAAGAGAAACUCACCUAUGUCUAUCAUGCAAGUCUGGAGCCUUAAUUAUUGAAGAGAAAUACUCCUAAGUCUAUCACACUAGAUUUGGUGUCCUUGAGCCUAAGUUAUCAAAGAGAAACACUUCUAUAUCUGCCGCAGUAGAUUUUGUGCCCUGGAGCCUUAAUUGUUGAAGAGAAAUACUCCUAAGUCUAUCACAAAAUACAAGAAACUUUAUUUAACAUUGGAUAUUGCAAAUAAAUAACAUUAGCUUAAAACUAUUUCCCGGCAAACAGUGGUAAAGCAAUAACAAACUAAAAGCAGCUGUAAGGGAAAACACACAGUUAAAGCAAGGCAUAAAAGGUAAGGGAAGUAACCCUGUUACAGUAGAUAUUACUUUUACACCCGAGGUAUUAAGACGCUGUCUACCCUUGUACCAAACCCUUUUGAAUUAAAUGUUUUAUUUUUCAUGCUCAAUUCAUGUACACAUUCCUUUUCAUCAUCAUGUGUUUCCGUCCUACUUCUAGAUGUCAUAUUUACAUAUAUUUACAAUAUUUUUACCAAAUGUUAUACAUAUGAAAACAUUCCAUAAAGUUUCUUGAUUUUCCAUUCUGUGAACAGUAUUUAUUUACAUUGGUAAAUUGUAUGCUUAACAUUAUAGAAUAUCUUUAUUGUAAAAAUAUCUUUUUCAUAUAUAAUCAUGAUAAUUUAUUAAAUGUUUAAAGCCGUCCACUGGGUUUACAGCCAAAAAGUACGAGUUUUAUUGUACUUGCCUAUUUUUCACCAAAUUUUUACCAAGGUGAUCAUACUAUAUUAGUCCCAAUUUUUUCUGGUCUCGAUUUGAUGUUGUCUUGCAACUUUAUGGUUCAUAAAACAUCAUAGUAUCUUUAUACAUGUAGUUCAUGUUUUUCAAUUAUAGAAGUUUGUGUGGAGAUGUUGUGAGAAGCUUUAUCAUGUAGAAAAAAAAAAUAGAAAUGAACAUCUAAAGCAGUGAUCUCAGUUCAGUUUAAGUGUAUAUUACAUUGCCGUCAUAGUCUUUAUUAAAUUGGACCAUCUUAACAUCAAGAUUUCUGCAGUGUUUCAUCAAGGAUCUGUAAAUAUCCGGUAAAAAAUGAUGAAAUGAAAACUAUUUUAUAGUGAAAACUGGGUAGUUCGGUUUUAGUUACAAAAUCUGCCAAUAUUAUAAUAAUGAAAAAGGUAACACAAUCAAACUUCAUUUGCUCUAACUUGCAUAAUUCCCGGAAGAGUCUCUGUAUAAUGUCGAUGGCUCCAUCUACUGAUAACUGCUGGAACAAAUUUUUCUGGUCCCGUCAACUUGGAGUGAAUAAUGUUUGACUGAACUUAAAUAUAAUACUUGCAAAAAAAAAUGUCAAUAAUUUUAACAUGAAACCAAUAUUAGUGGAAUAUAACAUAACAGGAUAAAAUCUAAUUAUUACAUACUCGUUUCUAUUCCCCAUUAAGUUACAAUUGUACUGGAAACGUCAAUAAUUUUCCAUACACCAACGCCUAAAUUUUGUACCGGGUGAAUAACGUAAUGUGUGUCGUUGCAUUAAUUUAUUUAUUUAGUUCAGUAUUGUCAGUCUUAUUCAGGUUAUUGAACAAAUUCAUAAUAUUUACGUUACAUUUAUACAUAUAUAAAAAGGUUAUUAUCUUUGCAUUGGAAAAUAUGCACUCAUUCUUUAGCGGAAGAAUAUUGCGCUCCUAAAGUCGUGCAAUAUUUCAACUGCAGAUCUCGUGCAUAUUUCCCCCAUAAAAUCUAAU